AUACAGUAAUCAUAAGGUCAGCCACGAUAGAGCACUGCAACAUAGGACUGACCUUUGUGGCGAGGAAUUAGGGUAGAAACCAACUCAGGUCUUCACACAGCAGCAGAGAAAGACCCUUGGUGCGCGCAUUUGGAGGCUCCCGAACAAUGUUGUACAACUUCGUCUUUUUUGCACUGUCAGUGCUGGUCAGCGUGAGUCGUGGUCAAGAAUGUAUGCAGAAUGCUGCGAUGGAGAUGGCGACAUGUAGCAGGAAACUGAACAUUAUAGGGAGUGAGGGAGCAGUGAGCGACGUCUGCAGAGAGGCCAGGAAGACUCUUAUUUGCAUGCAAAGGGUUUUGGGAGACUGUCCACAGUUGAGUGUACAUAUGGCUGGACAAAUGGAAAUGAUGGAGAAUACAAUCAACCAACAAUGUCCAGAUGUGCAAACAGAAGCUCCUGAAACAGAUGCUCCUGAGACAGAUACUCCUGAGACAGAUGCUCCUGAAAUAGAUGCUCCUGAGACAGAUGCUCCUGAAACAGAUGCUCCUGAGAUAGAUGCUCUUGAAACAGAAGCUCCUGAGACAGAUGCUCCGGCAACGGAUGCUGCUCCUCGUUCCCGAUGUUCCCCUAAUGAUGCUAAUAGAAUAGCAAGAUGCGCUAAUAGACUGCAGAGAUUUGUGGGCCGAUCGACCAUAAAAUGCCACAAAGUUAGAAGAACGAUGAAUUGUCUGAGUAAAACCAUGCAGCGAUGUCCUCAUCUGCUCGACGAUAGGAACAAUCAUAUCGGAACAUUACGCCGACACCUUUUGCAAGUCUGUGUUGAGACAAAUGCGUUGCCUGAAGAGCCUACAGGGGAGCCACAGACUGGGGAGUUGGGAGAAGAAGGAGAAGACGAAGAAGAGGAGGAGGUGGAAGUGUGUCCUGCAGACUUCAUGUCACGAAUUCAGAGAUGUGCCGAAGACAUGGGCAACGCGAUGACGAGUAUAGGAUCAGGGGCGGCAGAUUUAACUGAGUCAUGCAGCUCAGUGACAACUUCCUUGGACUGUGUGGAUGACUACGUGGAGGCAUGCAGUGACCGUCCAGAGAUUGCCCAACUGACUGGAAUGCUGAAUAUGGACCAGACGAGGAGCUCUGUGGCUCAGAUAUGCCCUGGAGCAGGUACUGGUGUUGGUCCUACUAGUGGUCCUGAUGUCGGUCCUACUGAUGGUCCUGAUGCUGGUUCUGAUGAAGGUCCCGAGGAAGGGGACAGUGAGUGUCCAGCAGACUAUGAACACAGAAUGCAGACCUGCGUGAAACCUUUGGAGAAACUGAACCCGCAGGAGGUCAACGCUGAAGUUUGCGGUUCUGCAAACGCUGCCCUUGACUGUGUGGACGAUGUUCUGAAUGCGUGCAGACACACGCCUCACGUCCAGGCCUUUAAGAAUGUCCUGAACAUGGACGGACUCAGGACCAUGAUCAACGACAUCUGUACGUCGGGAACGCUACAGCCUGGACCAGGAGUUGACGCCAAUUGCCCGUCGGAUCACAGUCAGAAACUCAUUAGCUGUGUCCAGCCCCUGCAAUCUUUAAAGCAAAACCCAAAUCAUGAUCUGAGCGAGAUGUGUAGGGUGGCUAACACUGGCUUCGACUGUCUGGAUGACAUCAUGGGCAAAUGUGCCAACCAACCAGACGUGAGGGCAAUGAACAGUAUGCUCAACGUGGACAAUCUACGAGAGAUGAUUAAUGGGCAGUGUCCAAAUGCUGGCACGGAUGCUGGUCCUGAUGAGGGUCCUGUGGAAGUCGCCGUCGCCAACAGCAGCCCAGGCGACACCUGCAACGUGGCCGACCCGGCAGAUGAGCUUCUUGUCUGCAACAGGCAGCUGCAAAAGUUUGCAUCGUCGAGUUCCUCCCUCAGAAGCAGAUGCGGGGAUCUGGUUAAGGGUCUGGAUUGUUUCGACAGACUUAUCGCCAGCUGCCCCAGGCACCCUAGUGUCGUCACCUUCACAGACAUGUUAGACAUGAGCGAAGUGAGGGAGAACCUGUCUGGUGCCUGCCCCGGGAGAAAGUGAGGGAGGACGUUCCUUGAGGGGAGGUUCAGUCCAUGGUUCAACCCAUGGUCCAAGCAGUGGUCCAAGCAGUGGUCCAAGCGGAUAUUCAAGGAACAUUCACUAUCAGCACCGUACAUUGUCACUCACACAUUAUCAUAACCAGAAUAAAGGGAUGUAUUAACACCA